GCAGUGCAGCGCGUGUGUACAAGGCUCAUUAAUAUUUCAUGAGGUGGGAGGGGUGAGGAAAGGGGGCGGUGACAGAUGGAGAAUCAGAGAGAGAGACGGCGACAGGGAAACAGAAGGAGGAAAAGGAGAGCAGUGGAGGACGGGGACAGACUGGUUUUUCUCUUCUGUGGAUCAAAGGAUCACAGAGGGCCGGAAGCAGCUUUUCCUGGAUGCUGAAGGAUUUAUGGACAUGGAGGUUUGGCACACCCCCCCGGCUCUGACGCUCACCUGCAUUCUGGUGUGACUCAGUGGUGAAGAGUGAAACGGAGCUGCUCCAACAAGCUCACACAUCGAGUCUCCUGAGGAGCCUGUGAGGCUGUAGACGGCAUCUGGUGCUCCGUGGCUGUCGAGCUCAGAUUUUUGAACUGUCUGAGCAGCACAAGAGGAGGGAGAAACUCAUCUGUGAGCGCCUCCCCACGGGUGUCAGGACAACCAUCACAGAGCUGAGGAGCCAGGGAAGCCACAAGGAGAGAGAGACAUGUUGGGGCGGGGUGUAUAUGUGGCCUUGACGCUCGUGUUGUUCCUGCUGCUGUGGCAGGAAGCAGGACUCAUCGAAGUUCCUCUUGACUUGAAGCAGCCCCCCACCAUUAUUAAACAAUCGGUGAAGGACUACAUUGUGGACCCCAGAGAUAACAUCAUCAUCGAGUGUGAGGCCAAGGGCAACCCAAUCCCGACGUUCUCUUGGAAAAGAAACGGGAAGUUUUUCAACAUUGGAAGUAAUCCAACGGUGACCAUGCGAAAGCGCUCUGGGACCUUAGAAAUUGGGAUCCGGCUGGGGGAACGACCUGAGGACUACGAGGGGGAGUACCAGUGCUUUGCCAGGAACGACCAUGGAAUGGCUAUGUCCAACAAGAUCCUGCUGCGGGUCUCCAAGGCUCCUCUGUGGCCCAAAGAAGUUCUGGAGCCACUUUUGGUGACUGAGGGUUCCUCACUGGUGCUGCCCUGCAACCCCCCUCCAGGCCUGCCUCCUCCCCAGAUUUUUUGGAUAGACAGCAAUAUGAACCCCAUCCCGCAGAAUGAAAGGGUGUCCAUGGGUCAGAAUGGAGACCUGUACUUCUCCAAUGUUCUCGUCCAGGAUGCAGAAAGAGACUACAGCUGCAACGCUCGCUUCAACUUCACACAAACCAUCCAGCAGAAGAACCCCUUCACCCUCAGAGUCCAGACCACGGAGCCUUACAACGACACAUCUUUCAAUGCCACUGACCCGUACGGUGGCCGAAAAGUAGCUGAGUCGCGACCCACCUUCUUGACGCCUUCAGGGAUCCAGAGCUCCAAGAUGGUUCUCAGAGACAAAGAACUGCUGUUGGAAUGCAUCGCUGCUGGCCUUCCCACCCCCUCCAUCACCUGGUUCAAAAAGGGGGCAGAGCUUCCAGCACGGAAGGUAAAGUUUGAAAAAAACAACAAGGUGCUUCGGAUGCUGAGCGUGUCGGAGGAGGACGCUGGGGACUACGUGUGCACCGCCAACAACAAUGUGGGCAUGAUACGCCACACGAUCUCUGUGGAGGUCAAAGGUGAGCAGAGGCAUCUGCACCUCUAUACAUAUGCAGAGAUGUUUGUGCUAAUGCCCCCCACCAUCCCCCCACUAUGUCCCACAGCGGCUCCGUACUGGCUGGACAAACCCACCAACUUGAUUUUAGCCCCAGAUGAGCAUGGCCGUCUGGUGUGUCGAGCCAACGGCAAGCCCAAGCCCACCAUCCAGUGGUUCGUCGAUGGGGAGCCUUUAGAGGCAAAGAUCUCUGAGGGAGACCAACGCAGGGCGUUGUUGGGGGACACCAUCAUCUUUCGCUCGGUGGAGAUUGGAACCAGUGCCGUUUACCAGUGUAAUGCCUCCAACCAGCACGGCUAUUUGCUGGCCAACGCCUUCGUCAGUGUUCUGGACAUGCGCCCCAUGAUGCUGGGUCCCAAAAACCAGCAUAUUCAAGUCAUCGAGAACAACCACACCUUCCUGGACUGUCCCUACUUCGGCUCCCCCAUACCCGAUUUACGCUGGUUUAAGAACGGACAGGGCAGCGGGCUGGACGGUGGGCAGUACCGCGUUUAUGUCAACGGCUCCCUGGAAAUAAGACGGGCCCGGAGAGAGGACGAGGGAACCUACACCUGCGUAGCAACCAACAUGCUCGGCGCCGCAGAGAACCAGGUCCAUCUAGAGGUCAAAGAACCCACUCGAAUCGUGCAAGCCCCUGUGCACCAAUCAGCUGUCAGGGGAACCACGGCUCGUUUUGACUGUAAAGUGAAUUCGGACCCCACCCUGCCCGUCACCGUGACCUGGACCAAGGAUGACAAGCCUCUGGAUCUGAGAUGGAGGCUGAAGAAGGACAAGGAGUCGCUGACCAUCCCCAACGUUAAUGAGGGCGAUGCAGGAACCUACACGUGUAUGGCCAAAUCGGCCAUAGAUCAGGACUCAGUGUCUGCCCGCCUCACCGUGUUAGAGGAUGACUCCCUCCACCCCUCACUGUCUAGUGCCUUGCCGCCAGGUCGCCCAGACCCCCCCAUGGACUUGGAUUUGUCAGACCCAGCAGCCCGUAGCGUUCGCCUCACCUGGAUCCCAGGAAAUGACCACAAGAGUCCUAUUACAGGCUUUCUGGUUCAGUUUGAGGAGGACCGCUGGGAGCCCGGUCGGUGGCAAAACUUAACUAGCUUCUCCGGGGACCUCAACUCCGUUGUCCUGCAGCUCGCCCCUUUCGUGAACUACCAGUUCAGGGUCAUUGCCGUUAACUCAGUAGGUCAGAGCGACCCGAGUCGGCCCUCCCCACGAUAUAAGACCAGCGGGGCAGCCCCUGAUGCCAUUCCUAGAGGUUUGAGAGGAUGGGGGACCAGAAAGGACAACAUGGAAAUAUCCUGGGAGCCCCUGCAGGACCUGGAGAGAAAUGGUCUAAACCUCCAGUACCAUGUGUGGUGGAGGCGAAAGGACUCUGGAGAACAGUGGAACAGCGGGUCGACGCCAUUGUCCAGCUAUGUCGUCCACAACACAGACACCUAUGUGCCUUAUGAGAUCCGAAUCCAGGCCAGCAAUGAGUUUGGGCCUGGACCAGAGUCCAAUGUGGUCAUUGGGUACUCUGGAGAGGAUAAGCCCACAGAAGCACCUCGUCAGCUGCGAGUGUCAAAGGUGAACAGCACAAAGGCUCAUGUGCACUGGAAGGCCGUGAACAUGAGCUCCAUUCGUGGGGAGUUCAAGGAAUACAGACUCUACUACAGUCGUGAGUCCAGUCUGGUUCCUGGCCUGGUGGUCAAGGAGGAGACCAAGAACAAAGGUUUCUACACAACUGCAGAGGAACCGUCUGGAAUUCUCACUGGUCUGGUGCCCUUUUCCAAAUACAAAAUGUUCAUGGUGGUCGCCAACAACCGCUUUGAGAGUCCACCAAGCAACACAGUGGAGUUUACCACCAGGGAGGGGGUUCCAGAUGCUCCCAGGUUCUUCAAGAUUAACCGCAGAACUCUGGACACCCUCUACCUGGAAUGGGACAGACCUCUGGAGCCCAACGGCAUCCUAGUAGGAUACCAGCUGAAGUACCAAGCAGUCAACAGCUCCGGGUCAAGUCGCUCUAAGAUCCUGACUUUCCAGCAUAAUGUGACUGAGUUCACGCUUCGACUUCCGGACCGAUCCGCCCGCUACAAGCUGUUCCUGUCGGCGCUCACCCAGCAAGGGUCAGGGGAGGUCUACGCAGAGGAGUCGCCUCACUUCUCUAAUGAAGAGGGCUUUACUGAGGAAGAAGGCCUAGUCGAGGUUACCAACGUCUUCGUCUACUCCGCUCUCACUCCUACUCCUCCUCUUGCUACUCUUCCUUCCACUACCAUCGCUGCUACAGAAAGUAGAAUCCAAGCAACCACCCCCACAACAACUACAACUACUACCACCACCACUGAGGCGCCCCCCACCACCACAGCUGCAGUGCUGCUCACCAGCAGGGGUCCCGAUUCGAACGUGUUGGUGACCCGCGGGCCUGAGAUCUGGAAUCUGACGGUGGACCCUAACAGUGUCUACGCUAACGUCAGCUGGAGACACAGUUUCCCGGCCGGCAGCAGCGCAUUUGUGCUAGAGUUUGCACUGGACAGCGAGAAGACAAAGAGGGUAGUGAAGAGCGUACCAGUGAUGCAGCAGCCCCCAGUAACUGUAGCGGAUCUGAACGCCAGCACCACCUACCAUCUGAGGGUUUACUCCCAUGAGCUCACCAGCAUCAGCAGCACCUGGGUCACCUUUAAGACCAAAGCAGCAUACAUCGACCAGGUGGACAUCGCCACUAAGGGUUGGUUCAUUGGCCUAAUGUGCGGCAUCGCUCUUAUCAUUCUCAUCCUCCUCAUUGUCUGCUUCAUUAAGAGGAGUCGAGGGGGAAAGUACCCAGGUGCUGGCUGGGUGGCUAUGGUCACAAAGGUUCUGGUCCGCGAUAAAAAAGAUCUGCCCUUGGAUCCAGUGGAUCAUAAAGACCAGGACGGAUCUUUUGACUACCAAAAUGGGUCGUCCGUCCAUGACAGGGACAAAAACCAGAACAGCAGCGACGAAGACAACAAGCCCUUGCAGGGCAGCCAGACAUCGCUGGACGGAAACGUGAAGGAAAGCGAUGACAGUCUGGUAGACUACGGCGAUGGGGGCGAUGGCCAGUUUAACGAGGACGGCUCCUUUAUUGGUCAGUACACGGUGAAAAAGGACAAGGACGAGACGGAGGGCAACGAGAGCUCGGAGGCCACCUCCCCCGUCAACGCCAUUUAUUCCUUGGCGUAGUGGAGACUAGACUCACGCCGGACUCCUCCAGCGCUGCACUGACACCACAAGCCUUUCAUUUCCGUUUGUAGCCAACGGAGGCCAUGUUGGCCCCCUGCCCCCCCCUCACACAGACUGGUGUGCCUUCGGGGCAGCUGGCAACAUCUGAGGCUUCAGCAGGUGCUCUGUGGACGUUAGUUUGUUUGUGGCCUGUUUCUCCCCUCCCAAACACACAUGUCCACACGCAUACGUGCACCAACACACGUGCACACACCGACAUAUCCGCCUUGACGCCGGCAGAAGAGUUUAUCACCCUGAUCAUAGUGAGGAGACAGACACUGCUGGGCCUUCAGGAAUGCUAAAGGCCGUCCCGCCGCACGUGUUGGUUCCAGCAGAGCUAUGCACUUCCACCUCCUUCAUGCCUUCCUGGUUCUGAUCCGAUCCUUAGGAAGUUCAAAAUCACUCUCACCUUUAAUCCAGAGCUGCAGGUGCUCAAAAUGGCCUCAGAGAAAAUGCUGUGUCAGCAUUAGUAUGAAACUAUUGAUGUCCAUUUUGAAACCAUUAAAGUGUAUUAUUACUUUUGAGCACGGUAGUAAACUUAGAGCACGGAAACUUGAGCGAUAAAAGAGAAAUGAUAGUUUAUGCGAGAAAAAAAACCUUCCUGAAUCAAAAGCAUUACAAGUAAAAAAAAAAAAGAAAUCUGGACUUGCGUUCAGACUAUGGUUUUCUUUUCUUACACAGAUAUGUAUGUUUUAUAAUGCAGUCAUCACUUUGUGGCUUGUCACGGGACAAAAAAAUAGAAAUCUUCUAAAUUAUGUUUUUUAUUUGAAUGGCUUUCUGUGUGACACAAGCACAGCACAGGGUACAGGUGUGUCCAGACUUAGCUUUGGUUCUGGUGGACUGAGGAGCACAGGGUUCAGGAACUCACCCCUCUCACUCCAAACAAAAUCUCAUUAGUCAAAAAGGCAGAAAAAAAAAACAAACGUAAAAUCAUUUUAUGAGUGUCCCUUCCAAUAAUGGAUGCUUCUUUUUGGGGGGAUUCAAGAUAAGUCUGAUAAAUGUGUCCUAACUCAAUGAAAAAAAUAAGAAAAAUCAGACUUAACUGUCUUAAAAAUAUAAGCAGAAGACACAAAAAAGUGUUUUUAAUGUGUUUUUGAUGAUCAUUGGCUUAAAACAGAGAUUAUAAAUGACCAGUUAUCUAUCUUUACACUGCAAAGAGUUGUGGGACUGGAUUAGUAUCCUGUGUUUCCUCUGCUAGAGGAGAUAGAAAAGGGAAGAAUCUAACCUCCUCCUCUUCUUUUUUUGUGAUUUCCCUCAGAAAAUAUCCUUUUUUAUGAAAAAAGGGACCAAAAGCUUUUCUUUUUAAUUAUUGAUGGCAUGACCUCAAUACAUUAGUGCCAUCUCUUUACUGUAGCGCGGUCUACUGCUUAGGCAUGGUUGACUAAUGGGCUGUGCCCUCUUCAAGAGGGAUGGUUCUUAUCUCUGGAAUGUGAUCUUUGACUUUAAGUUACCAACCUCGUUCCAUCAGAAAUGCUGUCCCUUUAGGGGUCACCACAGUUGAUCAUCUGCCUCUAUUUAACUGCAUCCUCACCUUCAUGUCCUCCUUCACCACAUCCAGUGAAGGAGGUCCUCCUCUUGGUCUCUUUUUGCUCCAACAUCAUCACAUCAUCGCUUUUCUCUUUCUCAACAUUUAAUGCAUUUAUCUCCAAAACAUCUAACACGAGCUGUUCCUCUAACUGAUUCAUUCCAGAUCCCUUCCACCCUCAUCAUUCCCAAAGAGAACUUCAACAUCUUGCCGCUCUGCUACCUCCAGCUCUGUCUCCUCUCUCUUCGUCAGAGCUGCUGUCUAGACCAUCAACAUGGCAGCUCUCACCACACCUUUCCCAAUCACUGACACUCUAAUAUCACACAUCUGCAAACAUCAUGAUCCACAGAGAUUCCUGUCCAAGCUCAUCUGUCAGUCUGUCUAUUACUAUAGCAAGCAGGAAGGGACUCAAAGCUGAUCCUUCAACUUCCACCUUGAACUCUUUGGUCACACCUCAACACUGUCUCAUACAUGGCUUUGUAUGAACACGCCUCCCAAAGUUUCAGCUCUGUGCUCCUGUCAGUGUCCAUCAGAGAACUUAAAUCAACGCGGCUCUGAGGUCACAUGCUGUCUCAUGUCCUGAAAGCUGAUUGGUCACUUCCGUGCAAGUUUUUGUCAGUGCUCCCUGUAGCAUCUUCAGAAUCAUCAGAUGUUCUUGAUGCUUCAGCUGGACGUCAAAGAUUUAUUUUAUAUUUCUAUUUAUCACACAAUGUGCAUAGAGUUAAUAUAUUAGACUCUAACAGUUGUGUUGUAUAGAGUGGUCAGGAGAUACUGGUUUGAUGCUGUAAACCAACAUCAGUGCUGCUGUCAUUCAUCCAUGUGUUUCUGUUGUAACAUAACCUGUCUGCAUACAAAUGAAUAUUAUUGUUCUCAUUCUUAUAUUCUUUGUAAAUAUAUGAAAUUCAUUUUUUUCCUCCAGAAAUACUUUAUGAGAGUCAAACAUG